CCUUUCUUUCACUGGGUAAUUUUUUAUUCAACAAUGAAUUUAUAAAAUCACUGUUUUCAAUCAAAGACGCUUCCAAAUAACGUGGUUUUAUAUUACGUAUUUCUAAUACAUGCUUAGUAAACAAAUAAUUUUGUAGUCUUGAAUUUUUAACUGAAUGUUGGAGAGGUUAGUUUUUGUUCGUUAGGAAAAAAACAGUCUUUUAUCGCAGUUCUCUUUGUUUCUUGGCAACAAGGCAUGGAUUUCGUGAAAAGGGAAGACCAAGCAAUAAUCGACGAUGAACUGCAACAGCACUAUAAGCUUUACAUGGAGAAUGCUCAGAAAACCCACCACAUGGAGACGGACUACCAGCACGCGCUCUCAAUGGAGCAGCUACACCAAAUACAGACCUCCAUCAACACGACCAUAGCGCACAACUUCCAGCUCCCACUCUCCCCUCGGCAGAUCUCCACGCUGAUGCUCAAGACCAACCAUUUUAACCAGAUACCUGCACAUCUCCCGAGAAACUUAGAGGUAGAUCUAGUGCAGAACUUAAACGAUUUAACUCAAAUGAGGAACGAGGAUAUAAUCAAUCAGAAUUUGAGGUUGAACGAGCUUGAGCUGCAGGCGGCCCAGAAUCUUCAACUUAACGAACAGGAGCUGUCCAGGCUCAACCAGGAUCUGAGGUUGGAGUUACCUCAGAAUUUGGGACGGGGUAUAGAGCUGGGACAUGAUUUGAUGACUCACAUGGAUGAUAGGCAGAUGGAUGGAAUCAUGGAGACGAGGAUGGUGCUAGAAGAACCUAGGCAGGUGGAUCACCAGCACCAGAUUCCGCUGCCGUUCCACAUUAAGUUGGAACAAGAUGAGGAGUACUUCUAUGAGAAUGUCAACCAGGUUAACCAAGCGAUCAACGUCAACGGAAUGGGUCAUAUCCCCGUUCACACAGAGCAUCAACAAACCAUACAUCAAGAUCAAAUGUACAUCUACAACAAUCAUGUGGGAGUCUCCGCUUUAAACUCCCUAGACCUGUACCCCAGACCUCAAAACUAUGUGCAAACCUACGUAAACGAUGUCAGAGACAACCCUGAGAACCUAGUAAUCCAUAGACAAUUCGAGAACGCUAGUCCGUACGCAGAGGAAUUUAAAAAGUUAAGACAAGAUGUCACAAAAGACGAAAAAAUCGAGCAGCCGAAAGAAAACCAAAAACCGGACACGAAUAAGAUUCUAUUUUCGAAUUAUCAGAACGAUUUUGCUGCGGAGAAAAAUGAGAACGAUUCAAGCGCUCAAAAUAAAAUAACUGAAGAUGUGUCUAUGAAUAUAAAAGGGGAAUAUUCUUGCUAUAAAUGUAACGACGUUUUUUCAACUAAAAGAGGUUUGAAACAACACGCAAAAACUUGUACAGAGGCGAAUGAUCCUAUGGAGAAACUUGGGAAAUUUGUAUGCUCCCAAUGUCCUUAUAGGUGUCAGUCGCCCGCCAUUUUGAAAAUUCACGAAAGAACCCACACCGGAGAGAAGCCAUUUUCAUGUACGUUCUGCGAUUACAAGUCCGGACAAAAGAAUAAUGUGGCUAAACACAUUUUAGUUCAUAUGAAGGAAAAACCGUUCCGAUGCCAGUAUUGUGAAUAUAGAUGUGCGCAGAAAAAUAACUUAGUCGUUCAUGAGAGAACGCAUACAGGUUACAAGCCUUUCGCUUGUCCUUACUGUGACUACCGAACCGUUCAGAAACCUAACUUGGUGAAACAUAUGUAUCUACACACAGACCAGAAACCUUUCUCGUGCGAUCAGUGCAGUUAUCGCUGUGUGCAGAAAACGAAUUUGACUAAACAUAAACAGAGGCAUUUGAACGAGAAAACUGGUGUGGUGGAUUUGAAAAGUCAAACGAAACCUUAUAGGCCGAGGCAGAAAUCUGUGAAAUGUCCGCAUUGUCCGUACAAGUGUGUACAGAAAUCUAGUUUGGAUAAACAUAUUGAGUUUAAACAUGCAGUACAAAGUUUCAAUGUGGAGGCGCAAGCUAGUGAGAGUGAGGAGAUACAGAAUUUAAGUGUGAAAAAAGAUUUUGAGUGCCAAGAAAAAAUGCAAGUGUCAUAGUGAUUGUGUGGUUUAUAUACCUAGGUUAGAACCUUAAAACUAAGUGGCACUUUUGAGAAAAUUAGAUAGAAUCCUCCUCUUCCUCUCGUCCUCUGCCUCCUCUUCCUCUGGAGUUGCAGGGGUACAUAGGUUACGGAGACUGCUUAACAUCAGGCGGGCUGUAUGCUUGUUUGCCACCGACGUAGUAUAAAAAAAAACGCUUUCUUGCAUAGCACAAAAACAAACAGUUACAGAGGAACACAUGAGGCAUUAAGUCCGCCUUUUGUACUUUUUAGGUGUGCAUAAAAUUUUAAAAUAAAUAAACACAAUUUACACAAUUGACUAAAUUCGCGGUUUUAUCGCUAAAAAUCGAUCUCUUCCAGACAAAAUUUGGGUGUCUAAUCUAUGAUACGUACUUAAAUUAUUCUUUUUUUUAUCAUGACUUUUUUAUAUUUUUUGGACCCAUGGUUCAAAAGUUAGAGGCCCCCUGCAUUAUUCUUUUCGUUAGGAGCCAUUAUUUCCGAAAAUAUUCACUUUAUCAAAAAAUGGUUGUGAACCUAUUCGUUUUGAAAGACCUAUCCAACGAUUUAAAAAUUGCUUGGUAUCGAUGUCGAUAACACUUGAGUCAAUAUUUAAUUAAUCACUAGCGCUGGUACGUUUUUGCCCCCGAAAAACCGGGCUAUGAUUAAAUUUUAUCAAAGAGAUAUAAGUAGACAUAGAGUGCUCACUCCAUACAUCAGUUUUAUUACCAAAACGACUAUUAUUUUUAAUAUCUAUUCAGAUUUCUUUUGUGUGAUAGUAUUUAUAAGUCUACCCGACUGACAUAUCAUAGGGGGGGUAAUGUGUUAGAAAUUAUUCAAUACUUAACAGCGCCACCUAGUUUUCGCAUUGUGAUUUACUAUACAUUUGAUAGUUUGCUAUAUUUAUAAUUUGUAAAUAUGUACGUAAGUUUUUGAUUGAAUUUUACAUUCCGGUUUUUAAAAAACGCCUUUUGAAAAUGGGUGUAAAAAUAACUAACCAAAAUCAUAUACUAAUUAAUAAUUAUUAUAACAUUUACUUUUUUCGAUUUUUACUGGAGUGUUUGAUUCUGUGAAUUUGAAGGGACUUAAGCUUUUAGUUAGGACCCUUUUGACUCGGUAUGACACAUUAGGAGUUAAGUUAGCAGUGCAAAUUAUGUUUAAGUAUGCAGUCCAAAAACACAGUUUUGUAUAAAGCUUGAAUUCAAUGUAAUAAUACAAUUAUGUUUGAUAGAAGUGGCAAAAAUGUUUGUAUGAAAAUGUUAUUAGAUAGCAAAAAAAAGUUAUUCAAGCAAAUCUUGUCAAUUUCUAUUGCCGCGCGACGCGAAAGACGCGAAAUUCGGAUUUUCUAUGGGACGAUAUCCCUUCGCGCCUACAUUUUUUUUAAAUUUUCCGCCUUUUUCUACUGACAAGAUUUGCUUAUCUUCUUAUCUUUUUUUUAAUUUAUUAUUUCUUUUUCUGUUUUAUUCUUUUUUAAUAUUUGACCAAAAACCACAAAUUACGGCCAUCAAGAGAUAAACCGCAUUAUUACAGCAAAUUUCUUAUCAGUGAAAAUGUUUUUGCACAAUAUCGAUAUUUCGAUAUCAAUUUAAUUAUGACAUUUUUAUUUCGAUCAUAUCUGAAAAACAAAGGAAUUUGAUUUGACCUCAUUUCUAGUAUCAGUUAAAUGACGUUUUAUUCGAAAUGAAAUGUCAAUUGCAAACAGUGAUCAAAUGCCGCAAUGGCGGUCGUAACAUGCGGUCCCUGAACACAUCUUGGAGAGCUUAUAAUAUGUAGAUAAAGCAGUGUAUCUAACUGUACAUAAGCAUUAAACACUUAUGUGAUAUUUUUAUAAAACUCGCUUUAGCUCGUUUCAUAAACCCACACUCUUAUUUUAAUGCCUUUCAUUAUGUAGCAGUUACAUAAACUGCCAUUUGUUUACCAUUUUGGCCACUUUUAUUGAACCCAAUUUUACCAUUCUGAUGUUAGUGAGAUGGGUAGUUUAUAUUAUAUAACUCAAAAUUAUGAAUUGUAAGAGAUUUUGUAAGGUGGAUAGUAUGAACGCUUUUUUACAACGAAAUAUUAAAUGGAUUUUGAUUGUCGAUAAUGUUAAACAGUAAAGCGAUAAUAUAUUUGUAUGUAUGUAUUAUAUUGUAUGUAUUUACAUACAGGUUGGCUAAAAAAUAAGUGCAUUCCCGUUGCCAGGGAGGUUUUGGGAUUAUACUGAGCACCUUUUACUAUGGGACCAACCACGAAAUCGCGAAAAAAAAAUUUACCCUCCUAUAGAAAAUGGACAAGCCAAAAUGUAUGAAACGGCCAAAUUUUUUUUCGCGAUUUCGGGGUUGGUCCCAUAGUAAAAGUUGCUCAGUAUAAUCCCAAAACCUCCCUGGCAACGGGAAUGCACUUAUUUUUUAGCCACCGUGUAUCGGCAAAAUUAGUAAAGUCCAUUAAAUAUAUAAUUAUGCCAAUAGAAUUAAACAUUAAAUUCAUUAUUUAUGGAAAAAAUGUGCAGACAGGUUUUUUUUACUACUUACUAUACAAGGUUCCAUCGUUCAAAAAUGUGGUAUUUUCUAUAAAAAGGGGCCUUACUGUCGAUGGCGCUUAAGCCGUUAUUAACGAUGCUCCGAUAUAAAUAAAAUGCCGCGCGACGCUGUGCGGCGUAAGCGCCAUCGACAAUAAGGUCCCUUUUCAUGGAAAAUGCCCCAAAUUAAGAGGCCGGUGUGGAUUUUAGUCGCAAAAAUGUAAAAUUGAUAGAUUUAGUCCGUGAAAUUUUACAUCUUUUGUUACCUAAUUGAAAUAACAAGUACUGGUUUCUAUUAGCACGUCUUCUUAUCUUACCUUUUAUCAGAUAAUUUUUUUGAAAACAGACUCACUAAAUUAGUAAUGUUUGCUUUUCUGAUGGACGUUUAGGUAAACGCGCGUAAAGCACUGGUUUUGUCGCUCUUAUUUGUAAAUUUCGUAAAGUUUGGACUGCUAAACAUGGUAAUUUUGUAUUACACAUAUCCUGUACUUGACGUUUAUCAGACUACAUUUUUAUUAUUAUGACUUUGAAGUAGUGUAAAUGAAAGUUAGACGAAAUCAAUUUUCUCCAGAAAUUACUUCAAAACAAGUGACAAUUUCUCUGAAAAUCGACUUAAUUUCAACGUAAUUUCGAUACUUAAACAAACUACAACAUUUGCUGAACCUAUUCUUAUACAUCAAUUUGUAUAAUUUACCACCAUGAUUUUUUGAUGAAUUUUUUAAAACUGCCCCUUCUCUUGAUGCAUUACCGGUGACGCACGCUCGCGACCUCAUUAUUAAAAGGCAAGAUGAGAAGACGUGCUAAUAGAAAUCAAUACUUGUUAUUUAGAUAUUACGUAACAAAACGUGUAUAAUUUCAACGACUAAAUCUAUCAAUUUUACAUUUUUGCUCCAAAAUCGACUACGGCCUCUUAACAUUUGAAAGUCAUAUGAUUUUUUUGAUGAAAUAAAUUUGUGGUGGUAAAUUCCUAUACUAUUUUUGUGAUAUAGCGAUAAUGAAUUAAGUACGAAACCUUGAUUCGUUGUUCCUAAUAUUGUUAAUAAAUUAAGAGAUUAAGUAGCCUUACCACGAGCUUGUCACUGAUGGCGCUGAAAUAUUCGCUAGCGUGUGCGUAAUUUACUUUCUAUUCAUCUCGCUCGUACUCGCAUAUUAGUUACGCCUAAGGAAAAAACGUGCCUCGAAAAUCAAGAAAAUUUGAUUCUCGAACAAAUGGCGCCACUACCUUUGGCCUACUCUCGUAUAGAUGGCGUUGACGGUUUCGUUUGUUAUUUAACAAUUUUAACGCAUAUCAGUGAAAGAACAUGGGUUAAAAUCAUAUAAAAAUAAUUAAAUAAUUUAUACAUAUAUAAAUACAUUUUAUCGUAUUUUUAUACAUCUUCAUUUUUAGUUUUAAUCGUGUGUCGAUAGAUGGCAGUGAAUUUACAGUGGUUACAAAAUUUACUAUGACAGUACCGCUCUAUCCUAUUAUAUCUUCUUUGAUACGAGUAAGUAGGUAAAUACUUACAAAUCCAAAAUUUUAAUUUACAAUGUCAAUUUCUCUAUGGUUAUGCAGAUGUGUCAGUGUCAGGUCAGUGACAAACUCGUGGUAGCCGUACAGGUCACAACCUGUCGCUGUAAAGUUGCUGCAGAGUUAGCUUGGUCCGACUUUACAUCGUUGAAAUCACAUCUUAAUAUUGGCCUUUAAAACGCGGGCUGUGAUGUAUUUUGUAAAUCGUAAUUAUGUUACCAAGAGAUUGUAAUUUAGCGUGUCAUCACAAUGUUAUUUUCACUAAAUGUGACAUUUUCAACCAAAAGGUACCACAUUGUCGCUUGUCAAAAAGGUUGAUUUUCAAUUGAAGCUAUAUGGAAAUAGCGCCACCGACCGACAAUAAGUACCCUUUUGAUUGAGAAUGGCACAAAUAUGGCGUCACUCUUGAAAGGUAACAGGGUUUAUAGGGUAUUUGACUGUAUUUAUAAUAAAUUGUGCCAUUUUCAACCAAAAGGGUACUUAUUGUCGCUUGUCAGUAAGGCGCUAUUUCCAUAAUCCAUAUAGGUUCAAUUAGAAAUCAACCUUAUCAACAAGCGACAAUGUGGUACAUUUUGGUUGAAAACGUCACAAUUAUUUUACACCAUGAAAUAAAGCACCAGAAGAUUAAUAAAGAUACGUAGGCAGCAAUUAUUUUUAGACACAAUUUCUAUUUUAAAACUCGUAUCAAACUAUAAAGAGUAGGUAAUUAGUCAAAUACCCUAUUAUACCAUACGAAUAAAAAAAGUACAAUAAGUACUAAGAUUGACUGAAGUGGCAUGACAAAUACGAACGUUUCCGAGAAAAUACGAUGGAAAUAGUUAUUUGUGCAACAAGAGAGGAAAGUUGGUUUUUCUUGCGAGUGUUUAUUUUGAGUCCCGAGAAAGCGAAAGAUUCUAAUGUAGAAUCUUGGGCGUAGCAAGGGACUCAAAAACACGAGAUGUAAAAUAACUUUGCUCUCGUGUUGCACACAUAAUUUUUCACCUCAGUAGUGAGAACAUAUUAAAGGUUAAAAUGUAUUUCGAAUUACACAGAAAGAAAAAAAAAAGUAUUAUAAUAUGUAUGAUACGAUACGAUACGAUACGAGACCGGACCGGACCGGACCGGACCGUAAAAGUAUGAAGUUCAUGGCCUUCACUUAAUUAAAAAUCUACAUUGGUUCACUCCCUGGAGUGAGGAAAGUCGCACUUUCCUCACUCCAGGGAGUGACGAAAGUAGGCUUGUUCGAGCUGCUGAGGUGAAAACAAUUAUGUACUACAUCUGUACUUCCGUACGAGUAUUUUACUAUCAUUUUAUUUUUAGUAUCUCGGCUAAAAUGGAACUUAAACAAACAAGAGGGCGCUAGUAUUGUGAACAGACAGAAAUAAUUAAGUUUUUUUAGUGAUAUUUUUGUGUAAUCUUAUUAACCUUUUGGACGCCAAUGACCGAUAUAUACGCACCGUAGGUUCAACGCCAAAGACCGAUUAAUCGGUCAUAGACCACAGAGCAACAUAGACCUACAUGUAUAUGCAUAAAGUUCAAUUUCAGUUUUGACACUUCGGUGACGUGGCGGCUGGAUGACUGCUUUUGUGUUUGACUCGGCGUCGAAAAGGUUAAGGUAUUUUUUUAAUAACAUGCCGCUUACCAAAGUGA